UUUAGAAAGAUGAAAAUACUGACAUCAUCUUCAGGAAGAACAGUGACAAAUACAUCUGCAGUAACAGCAAAGACAUCUCUGAUUCACUGCUACUUAAGAGUACAGUCAGCAUGAUUUUCACAGCAUGUUACACACGGAAAAAACAUUUCUUUUUCUUAAAGAAGAGUGCUAAAAACAACAAGCAUCUCCUUGUGGCUUUGACUGAUGUCUCGUUUUCUCAUUCCAGGGCAGCAGAACUGACAUAGUUCCAAAAAAUAAAUUUAUAAAAAUAAAUUUGAUUUGUAGAAUGAAUUUAUCACCACAGUUAUUUACUACUGAAACUCAUGGCACCACUGUGUACACAUAUCUGCCAAUCUUUCUGCAAUGUUGAUCUCACCUUGUGACGCCGAGUGUGUCCUUGGGUUGCAGGGAUAGGCAGCUUAAAAAAGAAAGAGGAUCCCGCCUGAGACGAGAAGUUUGGCAACCUGUCCAAUUCUGUCGUUAUAGGACAAUGUUGCAUUAAACUUUGAUUUCGCUUCACACCCUGCAGCAGCAGCAGCAGCACCAAUUUGAGGUAGACGUCCAGAGUUUUACGUGACAGGGUGAUCUUUGGGUAAGACAGACCAGCAUAUUUGACUGGGAGGUCGUCCAUGUCUUGUUGCUACGGAACUAAAUUCAAGACCCUGAGGAUGGCGGUAAAUUGGCCAGGACUGCUGUCCAUAGGAGUGUUUUACAUGAUCGUACUGGGCACGGGUAUCUGGUCAUCCAGGAAGUCCAAACGUGAAGAGAAGAAGUACACUGGAAACCGCAGUGAAGUUACAAUGGUUGGAGGGCGGAACCUAAACACCUGCGUCAGCAUCUUUACUAUGACAGCCACUUGGGUGGGAGGAGGCUAUAUUUUGGGUAAUGCUGAAGUGGUCUAUGAUCCAACAAAGGGCUUGGUGUGGGCCACCGGACCCAUUGCCUUCGCCUUAAACAUGAUUUUAGGUGCACUCUUCUUUGUCGAACCUAUUCGGUCGAAGAAGUAUGUCACCAUCAUGGACCCAUUUCAGGAAAAAUAUGGCAACACUGUGGCUGCUGUUCUUUUCAUUCCCGCUCUCCUUGCCGAUAUUCUGUGGAUAGCAUGCAUUCUUGGUGCACUGGGAGGGACGGUAAGCGUAGUCAUGGAUAUCUCCUCCUCCCUGGCUGUGAGCGUCUCUGCUGCUGUGGCUAUUAUAUACACGUUAUUGGGCGGACUGUACUCUGUGGCGUAUACUGAUGUCAUCCAGCUCAACUUUAUGGCCUUCAGCUUGUGGCUCUGUGUGCCUUUCAUCCUGUCAAGCCCGACCUCUGCAAACAUGACUGUUGCUGCAGUAACCGAGCUGUAUCAGAAGCCAUGGAUCGGCAAGUUGGAGCUGAAGGACGCAGGUUGCUGGGUAGAUGACCUAUUGCUACUGUCCAUUGGAGGGCUCUGCUACCAGGCCUUCUACCAGAGAAUCCUGUCCACAGCCACGGACGCCCAAGCUAAGAUCACCUGCUAUGCUGGAGCAGUAUUAUGCCCAAUCCUCGCCAUCCCAUCACUCAUCAUUGGGGCAGCAGCAGCAUCUACCAAUUGGAACCAGACCACCUACAGUUCACCCAGCCCGUAUGAGCGGGGCAAAGCUGGUAUGAUCUUACCAAUUGCCCUUCAGCACCUUUGCCCUUUCUACAUCUCGCUGGUCGGUAUGGGAGCACUUGCUGCUGCUGUGAUGUCAUCAGUUGACUCUGCACUUCUGUCUGCUGGCUCCGAACUUGGCCGAAAUAUCUUUAAGAACAUCAUCUAUAAAAGGGCAUCAGAAGCAAUGAUUAUUUGGGUGGUUAGGGGGUCGAUCCUCCUGUGUGGAAUGAUGGCGGCAUGCCUGGCAAUGACAUCGAGUUCAAUCCACCUAUUCUGGAUCAUCAGCGCAGAUGUCAUGUAUUCAAUGAUGACUCCCCAGGUGACAUGCACCUUCUACUUAUCUCGGUGGGUGAACCAGUACGGGGCCUGCUUUGGCUUUGUGUUGGCGAUACUGCUGAGAGCUCUGGUUGGAGAACCCUCAAUAGGCCUUCCUGACGUGCUGCCCCUGCCGUGGGACCAGAUACGGGAGGACGGUCACUUCCGUCGCUUGUUCCCUUUUCGUACUGCCAUCAUGCUCAUCACCACAGGGGCUAUUUUAGUAGUUUCACGCCUUGCUGUGUGGCUGUCUGAGAAGGGGCUUCUGAAAAGAGUAAAUGAUGCUGAAACGGACACAAACACAUAUAACAUGGCACCGGUCCGAAAAGAUGCGGGUGAAGAGGAGACUGAAUGUCGAACAGACUCCCCUAUGCUCUAAGCAUAAACACUUUCAUACAGCCUGUUGGUGCUCUAAGAGUGAGUUGUGUAUGAUAUGUAAACAACUGUUGUGUUCAGGCGGUUUUCUCAUAUGACAUAUUGUUACAAAGCUACAUUCCUUGUGGUUUGAUUGAUGCGGACCAUUUCAAGAUACAACUACCACAGCAGGUACCAUAAAGCCCUGUGUCCACCAAACAUGUCUGGUAUGGUACAUUUGGAACCAAAAGUAAUCCUUCAGACAUGGUGCCUAGACCCUAGGUCCACUUGGCGUUUCCAUCGCCAGGAUUGGGAUAUAUGCCGUUCACAUUACC